GUCAGCGGUCGGUUUGCCUCGCACGCCGCACUCACCGUCGUCCUUUUGCUGCAGCAUGCCGCCCCAACUGCACGCCGCGGUCGUCGUCACGGCCGCCCUGGUGCUGCUCGCGGUGGCGUCGGUCGACGGCGCCCGGCAGCAGGGCGACACUGUCGAGGUCGGGGAGCUGGUGUUGGUGCGACUCAACGUGACGGGGAGUGGCGGCGUGGUGGCGGGUUUCAUGAUGUGCGAUGCCAAGGCCUGCAGCAAGGUGGAGCUGUGGAGCAUCGAGACCAGCAAGGCGCGGGCCAUCCGGUACAAGGCCUUCGUGGACUGCAACAGCGAUGGUUGGGGGGGAACAGAGGCCCUAAGCAACGCUAAGAACUCCACCAGACAGUUCCCGGCUUCCACUUUGCUCCUCGUGACCCGGGCCUCCGAUCAGCUCCUCACCGUCAAGCUACUCCACGAUCGCACCGGGAUGUCGGCGACCAAUGUAGCCCUCUCCAAGACAAUGAACCGCCUUUACAUCAAGGAUCACUGGAGCGAGACAUUUUCGCCCGCCAACAUGACACUCGAAUUCUUGCCCAGUGCAGAACACCACGAGUGCGCCAACGGGGGUGUGGCCGCCGCAGGGGCGUCCGGCUCUUGCGAGUGCGCGCACGGCUUCGACGGCCCGUCCUGCGAGACAGCAUGCGGCCCGAACCGCUACGGCCCCGGUUGCAGCAGCAAGUGCUCCGGGCACGGCCGGGGCUGUCGGGGAGUCCAGUUCAAGGACGUCCAGCAGCCGGACACCAAGAUCUGCGGGGCGGGGUUGCACGGCCUCCUCUGCGACCAGGUGUGCGGCCCCGGGCUGUACGGCCCAGGCUGCACCCUGAGCUGCGGCCAGUGCGACCCCGACCGCACGCAGUGCGACCCGUACACUGGCCAGUGCCCGGCGGGCUGCCGACCCGGCUACCACGGGCCGUCCUGCCAACGCGCGCUGACCCACCUCACCGUCGGGCCCGACAUCACCAACGUCACCGACACCUCGAUCAGUGGCACCUUCGCCCCGUCGACGGACAACGUGAAGGGUUCCGGCGUCGUGUCGUACUACGACGUGCAGUACAGGGAAGCGGACGGGGCGGGCCUGCGCGCUGGCAACUGGGUGUCGGGUGCGGUGGUGGGGCGCCUGCCGAGCAACUGGUCGGGGUCGCCCAAGCUACACGACUUCGUCGUGAGAGGACUGCGUCCGGGAGCCGAGCACGAGGUGCGGGUUGUCCUGCUCGACAACGCACUGAGAGGCUACGAGGCCGUGCCGCGCGUCCGCGUCAGCACCACCGGGGCACGUCUUAUAUCCGACAUCAUUGUCUACGACGUAACGGCACGCGCGGCAAACAUUUCGUGGUUUAACCCCGCUGGGGUUGCCGUCCUUGUGCAGUACGAGUGCGUCAAGCUGCUGGCCUGCUCCGAUGACUGCUCCCAGGCGUCGGGCAUGUUCAUCAUCGACGAGCUCGAGAACCGCACGAGUGCCAGCGUCGAAGGGCUGCUGCCCGGGGCGACAUACCGGGUGUUGGUGUCCCACAAGAACGCGGCCCGCGAACAAGCCGAGUGCGCUACUUUUACAACUCCAUUCACAGUCCCGGACGCCGUGCCCGAGGCUGUGGUCGAGGGCGACGAGGUAGCCGACAAGUCGGGAGCAGGGGUUGGCGUCGCCGCCGGCCCUGGGGUGGUCUCGGUGAGCAACGUGUCUGCCACCAUUCGAUGGAGGAUGCCCGAGUCCUGCGUUGACCUGAACGGCAUCGUGUCGGGCACAUGGUGGCAGCUGUUCUUCCGGGCGGCGGUCUGUCCGCAGGGCUGCUCCCCGGUCGAGCAUUCGUCCUCCGGCUUGACGACGAGCAUGGAGCUGGAGUUGGAGUCCCUCCAGCCGAGCACGGCCUAUGAGCUCCGACUUUGGCUCUACAACACCGAGGGUUACAACCGGGAGCGCUACUUAAGAGUGGGCUUCACAACAGCGCGGAAUGCACCGGCGGCAUGAAGUGAUUGCGAGAGCAUAACUGUAAAUUAAUUUCCGAUAGUGUUCAAACAAUAAAGCAACAACGGGAUACUGGCAAGAA